ACGAGUAGUCACAUAACGGAGACUGAUUUGGGUGUAGUCAAGUUGCAAUCAGCUUGUGAAAGAACUUCGUUGAGUGAAACAUGACUUCCACGGAGAAGGCCACCGAGCGUCUUCAGGUGCUCGCACGGCAAGUGACAGCAGGCAAUGCAACUACUCGACUUGCAGUGUGCCCGAAGGAGAUGAAGGAUUUCCUUGUCCAUGACAAUAAAGAGUUGCGGGAGGCCAUAUAUGAAUUCCUGAAGGACGACUUGUACAGACCCAACCACUACCAAGGGCUUAUGGAGUUCAGGGAGCAGACACUUCAGCGUCUGAAGAAGUUUGUGGCGCAGAAAUUCUUCUCCGUCCGCGACUACACCAACGAGCCCCGCCGCUUCAUGGCCGCGCUGGAGUCCCUUAUGUAUGCGGACUACUCUCUGGCCAUCAAGGCCGGGGUGCACUUCACCCUGUGCGGGGGAACCAUUGCGAAGUUGGGCACUGCCUACCACCACAACAAGUACUUGCCCGGCAUGGACGACCUGACACUGCCGGGCUGCUUCGGAAUGACGGAGCUCGGCCACGGGUCCAACGUCAUGGGCAUUGAGACCACGGCCGUGUACGACAAGGCUUCGGGCCAAUUCAUAAUCAACACGCCCAAUGACGAGGCUAGCAAGUACUGGAUUGGCGGAUCGGGACAGCACGGGAAGAUUUGUGCCGUGUUUGCCCAGUUGACCGUGAAUGGCCAGUGGCAGGGCCCCCAUGUGUUUGUUGUUCGUAUCCGGGACGACCAGGGCCGGCUGAUGCCCGGGGUGCGUAUCGCCGACCAGGGCCCCAAGAUGGGCCUCAACGGGGUGGACAACGGCCGCAUCUGGUUUGACAAUGUGCGGGUGCCGCGUGAGGAUAUGUUGGACGCGUUCGCCUCGGUCUCCCCCGACGGGACGUACUCCUCCUCCAUUCCCAGCGUGUCUCAGCGCUUUGGAACGGUGGUGGGCGGCCUAACUACCGGUCGCGUGCUGAUCGCCACUGGCGGUGUGGACGGAGUCAAGCUGGCGCUCACCGUCGCCAUCCGCUACAGCUGCAGCCGCACCCAGUUCGGUGACCGACCCAUCAUGGACUACGUGACCCACCAGGCCCGGCUGCUCCCCCCCCUGGCCCAGACGUACGCCCUGCACCUGGCUCUGGGCCACCUGAAGACCCUCACUGCCGCCCGGCGGCCCGCGGACGCCAAGGCCAUUCACGUGCUGUCCUCGGGGCUGAAGGCGGCCGCCACCUGGGGCCGAGUAGAGGCCAUGCAGGAUUGCCGCGAGUGCUGUGGCGGCAUGGGCUUCUUGUCGUCGAACAAGAUCGGGCCCAUGAUGACCGACAUGAACGUGGACGUGACAUUCGAGGGGGACAACACGGUCAUGAUGCAGCAGGUGACGCGAGCACUGCUGGAGGACAAGGCGGCGCUCUCCAGGGGGGCGCCUGCCGUACCAUCGGCCGGUGCCCUGGCGGCCGGCGGCACCUCGUGCUCGAAGACGCUGCAGUCGCUGUUGGCCUACCGGGAGGGCGCCCUCCUGGCGCAGGUGGCGGGAGAGAUGGCUGCGGCCGCUACUCGCGCGGACGGCCCCGCCGCCAAGGCUGCCGCCUCUGCUGCGGCAUUUGACCGGCAGCUUGACGUUGUGGUGUCCAUUGGCUGGGCCUGGGUGGAGCGCUUCUGCCACGCGAACUUCCUGCAGGAGGUGAACCGCGCCCCGGAGUCGCUGCGCACCGCGCUGGACCUCCUGGCUCAGCUGUACGCCCUCAGCCGCAUACAGCGCUCUCUGGACUUCUACCUGACCGUGGGCGCCCUCAACCGGGCCGAUGUGGUGGCGCUCCGCAACGCCACCAUGGAUAUCUACGCCCAGCUGACGGCGGGUGGGUCCCGCUGCGCGGCGGUGGCGCUGUGCGAUGCUUUCGGCAUCCCUGACCACCUGCUGCAGGCGCCCAUUGCCUUUGACUGGCGCAAGGUCUAA